AUUGGCGACCUGCAAUGCUUGGAGAAAAUCUGGAAACAGGAAAAACUGAUACGACGAAAACCCAGGAGCUUCGAUGCAACAUUCCCAGAUGCCCAUAUCGGACGAAUCGGGCUUAUAACUUAUGGCGACAUGAAGAGCGCCAUACUCUGCCCUUGGAAACCAAAUUGUUGUCUUGCCCAUUCUGCAUCUACAGCACUGAUAAGGUAUCUAACCUGAAGCGGCAUAUAGGCAUCCGUCAUCCAAGCACUAUGGAUGACCCCGACGAUCCCGAGUCGGGAAAAAUGAUUCAAACCAUACCGGUGGAGCGCUCUACCAAAGUUCAUUGUUUGGUAAUAGGAUGUAAGUACGAGACGAAUCGGCCCUAUGACAUGAAACGUCAUAUGAUGGUGCACAACAAUCGGGAGAAGAGCCACCGUGACUACAAGUGCUCGCUGUGCAUGUAUAGCUCGGAUAGGAAGGCCAAUCUUAAGCGGCACCACGAGCUGCGUCACUCAGGCAUCGAGGACGCCAUCAAAACGGCCGAUGAACUGGAAUAUGAGGAACGCCUGCUAGAAGAACAAGCGCAAGAGCAACUUGACCAGGUCGCUGCUCCGGCAAAAUCCAUGAAACACCUUUUUUCCAGCUUUGAGGAUGAUAUUCAAGACAAUUCUUCAGCAGUGCAGGAGGAGGAGCUUAAAGCAGACUAUAUAUAUGGCGAGAAUGCACCACUGAUCACAAUAUCCACUGGCAAGUCGGAGAUUCUUCAGGGAAGAAGAAUUGAAAAGCAAGUGAUUGCUGUUAACGUGAACGGCGAGCUACGCUGGUUCCAGUCGAUAGAUCCGCCGCCAGGAGCAUCCAAUAAAUUACAGCUCGCCAUGCAAGAAGAACAAGAGCAGUUGGACGACGAGUUGGCCCUGUCCUUGGCCGAAGAGGAUCAGAAGUCUAUGAUGGAACUACUUCCAGAAGAUGAGCCAAUUAAAGAAGAGCCUAAGGCUGUGGUUUGGAGCUGGAGUACACCAAACGGUAUACAUCACUUUUCGACGGUGGACUUGGAAACUCCCACAACAGAAAUUCAGAAAAUCGAUGACCUCGAAGAGGUGCUGCUGGACAGUAAAGUCACACCCUCAGACUUUCCGGCUUGGUGGGACGAUGGCCAGUAUACAAAAAUGCAAAAGAAUCAAACGUUCCGAGAUCUACGCACUAAGCCCUCGCAGGCAAGUGUGCAGCGCAUCCUUCGCAUCAUAUACGAUAUAUACUACAAGCCUUUCAAGGAAAAACGCAAAAGAUCGGAGGUGUUUCAAAUUAAGGAUUCGUGGCUAUGCGCCACUCGAAUGUCCCGCAUGCAGAUUAUUAAGGACAUGUAUUCAAAGCAAGGAACAUGAACCCUAUAACUCCUUCUAUAAAGGCUUUAAAGGGCAAAGCAAUGAGUACACAAGUAUAAACUACAAUUCCAAUAAAUAUAAUUACUUUUAAGGCGUCCUCAUGUAUACAUAU